AGCUCAGAGAUCAUACAAUUUCAUAUAUUUAGAACAAAUAAAGAUGGAGAUCUCACACAUAAAACUACUUCCCCUACUACUUCUCAUCCUUCUAAGCUCGGUUUGCUCCACAACUUCUAACUCGAUUUCGGAAAGCUUUGUUCAAUGCUUUUCCUCCAUCAUACACUCUAACUCAACGAGCAGCAUCAUUCUCACCGAAAACAGUUCGGUUUAUUCCUCAGUCUUGCAAUCUUCCAUACAAAAUCUCAGAUUCUUGAACACAACACCGAAACCAAAAGCUAUCAUUACCCCUUCUCAAUACUCUCAUGUUCAAGCAGCUAUAGUAUGCUCCAAGAAAGAGGGCAUAGAAAUAAGAACACGAAGCGGGGGCCAUGACUAUGAGGGCCUAUCUUAUGUAUCCGAAUCUCCUUUCAUCAUCAUUGAUCUUUUCAAUCUUCGAUCCAUUGAUAUUGACAUAAAGAAGGAGAGGGCUUGGGUUGAGUCAGGUGCUACUCUCGGAGAGUUGUACUACGCAAUUGCACAAAAGAGCAAACUCUAUGGCUUUCCAGCAGGUAUCUGUCCAACUAUUGGUGUGGGAGGACACAUUAGUGGAGGUGGACAUGGUCCCUUGUUCAGGAAAUAUGGUCUAGCAGCUGACAAUGUCCUUGAUGCUAAGAUUGUCGACGUUAAUGGCAGAGUUCUUGACAGAAAAUCCAUGGGAGAAGAGCUCUUUUGGGCUAUUCGAGGAGGCGGAGGCUCAAGCUUUGGAGUCAUUGUGGCUUGGAAACUCAGGUUGGUUCCUGUUCCUCCAACUGUAACAGGUUACACGGUAUCGAAGACCAUAGAACAAGGUACAACCAAACUUGUAUCUAAAUGGCAAGCUAUAGCUGACAGGAUGCCUGAAGAGUAUUUCCUGCGUUUGGUUAUCCAAGUUGCAAAUGGAGCUGGUAAAAAUGGUGGAAAAACUAUACAAGUUUUAUUCAAUUUCUUGUUUUUCGAGAGUGUUGAGAAACUUCUUCCUUGGAUGCAAGAAAAUUUCCCGGAGUUAGAUUUAGAGCGGAAGAAUUUCAUUGAGAUGAGUUGGAUUUCAUCAGUUCUAUACAUUGCUAACAUUCCAAGAAACGAAACAGAAGUUCUGCUUCAGAGGACUCAACAAUCUAAGAGAUUCUUCAAAGCCAAAUCAGAUUAUGUUACAAAACCUAUUUCAGGGGCUGCCUUGGAAGGUUUAUGGAAAACAAUGCUUGAAUUGGAUUCAUUCCAGUUGAUAUUGACACCUUUCGGUGGAAGAAUGAGUGAGAUUUCUGAUUCAGAAAUUCCUUUCCCACAUAGAAAAGGAAAUUUGUUUGAGAUCCAGUAUUUCGACAAUUGGGGUGAUGCCGAAGAAACUGAGAAACAUAUUAGCGGGAUGAGAAUGGUGUAUGCCUACCUGGCACCGUACGUUUCCAAGUCUCCAAGAGCUUCCUAUUUAAACUAUAGAGAUCUUGACUUGGGAAGGAAUGGUGAUUGCAAUACAAGCUAUGCACAAGCAAGCGCUUGGGGUUUGAAGUAUUUCAAGAAUAACUUUAGGAGACUUGUUCAAGUUAAGACUCUAGUCGAUCCCGGUAACUUCUUUAGAGAUGAACAAACCAUCCCUGUGUUACACUCCGGGAAGAAAUAGAAUGUCAACAGCUACAUGGAUUUAUGUAACAGAAUAAAUUAUAAAUCUUCAAUUUCCCAUUGCAUUUUCCCAUUAACAUAUAAUGAUAUUUUACUUGUUA